AUGGAUUGGAAGAUUGUCGUCGUGUCAAUAAUCCUACUUCUGAAUGCGGCAUCAACUUCUUCUCAGAGUUUGGCGAAGCCUGGUUGCCAAGAAAAAUGUGGGGAUGUGAACAUCCCGUAUCCCUUUGGAGUUGGAAAUAAUGAUUCAGACUGUUUCAGAGACUCACAUUUCCACUUAGUUUGUAACACUUCAUAUGGCCAUCCAGUGCUUCUUGGUUCCCCUAGAGGAAAUAUACCCUUCCGGAAUAUAUCGUUAGAAGGCCAAACCACCGUCCACAUCCUGAUUGCUAUGGACUGUUACAAUCAAAGUGGUAGAACCUAUGACGGGUUCCAAGAAAUAGAUAUCACACUGGCAAAGCAAUUCAGCUUCUCGAGCACCCGAACCAAAUUCACGGCGAUCGGUUGCGACACCAAGGCCUACAUGUCGAGUUCAUUGUUAUCAGGUGAUUCUUUUGCGAGCGGUUGCAUCUCAUUUUGUACAAGCGACGAAACUCUGAUUAAUGGCUCCUGUUCCGGCAUUGGAUGCUGCCAGACUUCCAUUCCAAAUGGUCUUCAUACCUUUAACGUCAGCCUCUCCAGCUUUUACAACCACACCGACUCGUUGGGCUUCAAUCCCUGCAGCUAUGCCUUCCUGGCUGACCAAGAUUGGUUUAAUUUCUCUUCAUCCGACGUCAGAGAUCUCCGCAGUAGACUUCCAGUCCGUUAUGACGGAGCUACUGUAACUCCAGUGGUGCUGGACUGGGUAAUCCCCGACGACAACUGCACCUAUGCAAUAAAGAAUCGGACGAGCUACGCAUGUGGAGAGAACACCUAUUGCUCCGAUUCCUCCAACCCCACCGGCGGCUAUAAUUGUCACUGUAAGCAAGGUUACCGGGGGAACCCUUAUCUACCCCAAGGAUGCCAAGGUGAUGAUGGCGACCUCUCUUAA